AUGCCUGCAUUUCCUGGCCCAGCCCAGACAGCCUCCUCUGCUGCUCGGGAGCAGCGUCAGAUGCUCCUCAAAAACCCCUGUUCCUGGAGCAGGAGAGCCACGCUGUGGAACCUGGCUGCCACACACCAGCACGGGAGUGGAUCGUCCUCUACAACAGGGAGUGGAUCAUCCUCUACAACAGUGAGUGGAUCGUCCUCUACAACAUGGAUCCUCCUCUACAACAGUGAGUGGAUCCUCCUCUACAACAGCGAGUGGAUCCUCCUCUACAACAGGGAGUGGAUCCUCCUCUACAACAGCGAGUGGAUCAUCCUCUACAACAGCAAGUGGAUCCUCCUCUACAACAGGAGUGGAUCCUCCUCUACAACAGUGAGUGGAUCCUCCUCUACAACAGUGAGUGGAUCAUCCUCUACAACAGUGAGUGGAUCAUCCUCUACAACAGCUAGUGGAUCAUCCUCUACAACAGUGAGUGGAUCAUCCUCUACAACAGUGAGUGGAUCAUCCUCUACAACAGUGAGUGGAUCCUCCUCUACAACAGAGAGUGGAUCCUCCUCUACAACAGAGAGUGGAUCCUCCUCUACAAUAGCAAGUGGAUCAUCUUCUACAACAUGGAUCAUCUUCUACAACAGUGAGUGGAUCAUCCUCUACAACAGAGAGUGGAUCGUCCUCUACAACAGUGAGUGGAUCCUCCUCUACAACAGGGACUGGAUCCUCCUCUACAACAGCGAGUGGAUCAUCUUCUACAACAGUGAGUGGAUCCUCCUCUACAACAGUGAGUGGAUCAUCCUCUACAACAGUGAGUGGAUCAUCCUCUACAACAGUGAGUGGAUCGUCCUCUACAACAGGGAGUGGAUCCUCCUCUACAACAGUGAGUGGAUCAUCUUCUACAACAGUGAGUGGAUCCUCCUCUACAACAGCAAGUGGAUCAUCUUCUACAACAGUGAGUGGAUCAUCCUCUACAACAGAGAGGAGUGGAUCAUCCUCUACAACAGUGAGUGGAUCAUCCUCUACAACAGUGAGUGGAUCGUCCUCUACAACAGCGAGUGGAUCAUCCUCUACAACAGUGAGUGGAUCGUCCUCUACAACAGCAAGUGGAUCAUCCUCUACAACAGGGAGUGGAUCAUCCUCUACAACAGAGAGUGGAUCAUCCUCUACAACAGGGAUGAGUGGAUCAUCCUCUACAACAGCAAGUGGAUCAUCUUCAACAGUGAAUGGAUCGUCCUCUAUAAUAGGGAGUGGAUCAUCCUCUACAACAGAGAAUGGAUCAUCCUCUACAACAGGGAGUGGAUCAUCCUCUACAACAGCGAGUGGAUCCUCCUCUACAACAGCUAG